AUGGAUGGGAUCGCCGUGGCCGGGCACCAACCCGUUCAGGUUCUUCGACCUGACAACAUGUUCUCUUCUUGUGGUUAGAUCAUGCGUCAGACACCACUAAAAUUGCCAUUCAAAUCUCUACAAUAAUUGGUAGAAAGAAUACCCAUAACAUUUGAGUAGCCCAAAGAUGAUUGUUUUAAAAACUUUAGUCAUUGGAGAAUGCAUAAAUUUAUAGAGAAAUUUGGGUCGCGUAUUUUUCAUAGUUAUUCAACGUUAAAAGAAAACGUAGCUAGAAAUUCCAAGUGUCAAAAGCUGACAAGGCACAUUUUUUUCUAAUUUCUACUCAGCUCGCUGUGGACGCCGCCAUGGAUACCCAGAAGAGAGUUCGUAAGUUGCUGUCAUCGUCGUCAUCACGGCCACUUCCGCCGCUGCUGUGUUCACCUCCGCCUGUCACUCAAGAGGGGAGCUCGCUGCCAUGCUCCCACUUCUGUGCUCUCCUCUGACUGUCACUCAAGAGUGGAGCUCGUUGCUUCCGCCGCUGUGCUGCAUCGUCGUCUGCCGUGCUCGCCUCCGCUUGUCACAUAAGGAUUAACAAUAAUUAUAUUAUAUUUGUUCUAGUGUACUCAGUUUCCUACUAAUUUUCCAUUCUAUAAAAUGACUUAUUCUAAUAAAUUAGAGGAUUUGUCACCUAAAUAUGACAAGAUAAUCUCGGAAAAUGACGCAUAAUUAGCUCUAAGAACUAGAAAUUGACAAGUUUAUGGUCCAAGUGCUCAGCUGAAGGGUUCAUCAACAUUUAAACUAGUUCAUGGGGAAGUAAAAUAAUAAAAAAAAACGGAAUAAUCUACAAAUAGAGAAAACCUUGGCAAUAUUGAAAUGUAAAACUAUAGAAAUAAAUAGUCAAACAUGCCCCGUGAAUCACUUACCCAAUAGAUUCAUGGGUCAUAUCUAUCGCCCACAUCUCAAGCUUGCCACCAGAUCCAUCAACUUCCUUAAAUGGAAAUAAUUGCCUGCUAGCAAUGGUUGUUCGUUCAGUUAAAUUCAUGUGCAUCUUCCAGCCACGCUAAAUAUUUCAUACAUAUUGGGGGAGUUUAUCCAAUGAGGAUCCCGAUUUCUAGGUUUUUCCCUCUGGGAUUUGAACGUAUUGAAGAAAACUAGAGGUGUUGAGGUUUGGUUCCGGUCCGAACCGGAAAAGACCGGCCGGCCCAAAGCGGUCCGUCGCGCUUCAAAAUUCAAAUCGGCACACCCCUCAGGGAGCCGUUGGCGGUUGUCUACGUUCACUCCUUUAAAAGGUACCCCCACCCCAACAAAACUAACCUCACCGAUUAGAGUGGGGUGAGCCUGACGUGAAAAGGGGUGACCACCGAUGAGAGUGGGGUGAGAUUAGUAAUCUUCACCCAAAUAUUCAUACGCCACCUGUCAAAGUCUUCUACACCCCCGAAACGCAACCUAUUCUCGAACCUCUCGAUGCCCGGUGUCAAGUCACUAUUCUCACCCCCACGGAGCUAAAUCUGCCGCCGUCUUCCAAAUCAGCGGGGAGGGACGUUAUCAGGUGGGGCCCACUGGCGCCGAACGACCAACCACAGAAGGGAGGAAGUGAGAGAGAUAAUAGGGAGAGAGGAGGGAGAGGAGAGAGAGAGAGAGAGAGGUGGGGUGGAGGAAUCGCAUGGCUCCACCAACGGUCGUUUGACUCCACUAUUUUUCUGGCUUUUGUCGUUCGAAUUCGAAACUAUCUAAGAAGGCGGCCAGGGGGUGGCGGCUGUUCUCCGCGGCGGCGGCGGGGGGUACUCUGAUCCGGUGCUUCUUCCUCGACUGCCGAUGGGAGACGCAGCUUGCGUCGCACAGAGCUUCUGUCAGCCUCCUGCGGCUGCUGAUCGGGAGGAGGAGGUGAGAAAGGAAGAGGAGGAUCCACAGAUUACUUUCCCUGCUUUUUUUUCCCGAUUUUGUAAGCAUUCGACGGCGCUACUGAUCCUGGCGAUUGUGAUCUCUGUUCCUUCAAGGAGUUCCGAUGAUGGAAUCGAUUGAGUUCUUCCUUCGAUCUCUGACCCAGCGUUUGAAAGGCAUCGAUUGUUUCGGUUCGUCCGCUGAUUCUUAUUAUUUCGUCCUUCGAUCCCCCGCCGAUCUCGUGGUUUCGUCUCCAUCUUCAGCAAGCUUGUCAUCUUUUUUAGGGUUUGAUCUUGUUUUUGUUCCAGUGCUGUCGCGCCUUGUUGAUCCCCGCAACUGAAACCCUAAUUUACCUGUCCUUGCGGCAGGAGAGCUCAUUCCCCAGGUUAGAGGGCUCCAUCUCCUUUGGAAGAUACGUCUCCGAAUCCUUGGACUGGGGGAAGUGGUCGUCCUUCCGCCAGAACAGGUACAUCGAGGAGGCCGAGAAGUCCUCAAAGCCAGGCUCCGUCGCGCAGAUGAAGGCGCACUUCGAGGCCCGCUUCAAGAGGAUCGCCGCCAUGAAGGCCGCUGCUCAGGCCGAGCAGGCAAGCUCCACUUUGGCACCUGGUGGCAGAGAAGAAGAAGAAGCCGCCUCCAUGGAUCCGGCUUCGGUCAAUCCUCAGCCGGCCCAAUUUCAGAUCGAAGCGGCGGCCGGCGCCAUGGAGCCAGAACCUGAGGCGGCCUCUUCUCCCCGGGAGCAGAGCUCUCCGGCGACUGGAAGGAGGGAAGAAGGCUGCCGAAUGGGGAAGGAUGAAGAUCAGACCGCCAGUAGAGAGCCUUCACCAAAGACCUUACCCCCAGACGGCGAAAUCAGAACAAAAGGAGACGGCAUCCUCGUGGUAGCUCAGUCAAGAGCAAUGAAUGGAGAUGAGGAGAAUCAAGGCGACAGCGGCGUCUCCGAUUCGGCCCCGAGAAGAAGCAGCCAAGCCAUGAAACCGCCGCUGCAAGUGCGAACUCUGCAUCUCCUUUCUGAUCUUCUCUUCUUCUGGUCCGAACUGGUGAAGACUAACUCACGGCAUUCUUCAGGAGAGCUCUGCUGCCAAUCGGGAAGUUCCAGCUUCGGGUUCGAAGGGGAAGAAGCAGAGCCGCUUCAUCUCUUCGAAAUGGCCGCCGUUGUUCGGACAGGCUCCCACUGCGUCGUCACCUUCGUCCUCGACCCCGAGAAACCCUAGGAAGGAAAAUCCUUCGAAUCAGAGCGGCAAGAGGUCCUCGAAGGAUCCAGUUUCCAAGUAUCCACGGAUAGCCAAGGAAACCCCGCCACCUUCGGCAGCGAGAACCGCUCCUGCAGACGAGAAAAAUGGGGAGUCAAACCCUAACCUGAUUUCUCCGGGGAGAUCCGACUCCCCCAUGAACCUGCUGAAGACCCCAACCAGGGUACGCUUCUCGCUGAAGACCUUCUAUCGAUCUCCUUCUGAUCUGACGAGAGCUCCUGCUCGAUCUGUUCAUCUUGCAGUCUCCUACGGCUAGAAUCGCCCCACAAUCAGAAGCCAGAAGGUAGAACCCCUUUAAUCUCAGGCCUCCAUGGAUGGACCAACCAUCAGAACCAACCAGCCUGAGUCAUUUCCUGAAGCUUUCAAAUCUCCCUAAUGCUUUCUGAUCCAACUCCCCGCAGGACGGGCACGCCUUCUCAACCCAGUAGUAAAAAAGUUAACGUCGUGAGCCAAUCGGUUUCAACCAGGUGCGUUCUUGCUGCUCUCGUGGGUCUGAUCUCGCGGCAUUGUAGAAUCGAAUUCCCCUCUUGAGAUGCUUCUGAUGAUUCAAAGUGAAAACCUAGAUCAGACCCUGCUGAAUUUUUUUUGUUUUCCUGAUGGCAGCUGCUGGAAAUCUUCAAGCAGCGUCUGGAGGAGGCCCGCCCAGGUUGUGUGCUCUCCCUUCAGAUUCAGGAGCGAUGAGAGGGCGGAGAAGAGGAGAGAGGCAAGCCCUGUAACAGCACCACAGCUACUCCAUAUCAAGUUUUUCUUCACCGUUUUUGCAGAAAUCCUCUUGAAUCUCAUGAAGAUUGAGAUCCGCAGAAAUAUUCCUUUUUAUAUAUAAUUUUUGGGUAGAUUGGAAGUUUAUCAUGCAUAUUUUAAGAUCACAUUUUGAUGAUAAUAUGUUCAUGGAGAGCGGAAUCUAUUUUCACAGAUUCAUAUGAAAUAACAUUAGUCGAAGGUCCAUUAUUCUAGGUCCAUAGCACAUAUCGAAUGCAUUUAUGAAGAAAUAAUUCAUUAUUUGCAGUUUUUUCUUGAGCUCGAAAAGAAGCUCGAUGCUGAGAAGUUGGAGAGCCAAUCGAAGGCCAAGGUCAACGCCGAGCUCUGGUUUCUUCCAGUUUUCGUUGACUUUAGAUCUGAAUGUCAUUAUUUUGGGCAGGAAAUAGCCGAAAAUGAACUGAAGAAGCUACGGCAGGGCCUAGGGUUCAAGGCGAGACCAAUGCCAGGAUUCUAUCGGGGGACUGAGCCCCCAAAGAAUGAGAUCAAGAAGGUAUCUUUUUCCUUCUAAGGAUAAGAUGGGUUAAUUUUUGUUUACUAGAUUCUUAUAGGGUUGACUCUAUUUCUCUGAGACUGUUCUUCUUAUCUCCGCUUGACAUUACUCUUAUCCAAAAGUCAGAUUUCUCUAAUCCACCGUGAACAAUGAAUUAAUUUAUUUAAUUUCACAAUGAUUGCUAGUAGAACACUGCUUAGGAUCAGCUGUGUUGGAACUCGAGCUGUUUUACUUUUUUAGUUAGCAUACGCGGUUUGACUCUCCACGACCAUAUGUUAAAAGUCAACCCUUAUUAGAUGAUGAUUUUAGGUUGUAAAUGCCGAUUGAGCCCAUUCCAUGAUGACUUUUUUUAUUUUUUUAGUUAGCCAAUUUUUUAUCUGGUCUUCGCCGACACUGACUUGUGUUUUCAGUCAACAUGUGAUAAAAGUCAACCCUUUAGCAUUAUUUUAGACUUACGGACUCUUCAUCAGCAUUACGUCUUCAGGGUUUUCGUCAGGCAGAGCUAAAAAAAUGUCAAAAAAGUCAAACCUUUGAUUCGUCCUUCCUGACCACAGCUGCCAAAAGACCUUCCCUUUUUUUAUUUUUCUUUUUUACCCCUGUAGGUUCCGGCAACUCGUCCUCAAUCUCCUAAACUCGGAAGAAGAGGUGAUGAUCCUCCAGAGGCUUCUCCCAGAAGCUGCUUUCCUUCUCUGAGAUCAGCUUCUUUGGCGAGGAAGUGCGGCUCCCCCAGCUUGGGCUCGGGCAACAAGAAGAAGGACAAGCAGCUUGAGCUAGGAUCGAGCUCUUCUCGCUCCUCCCCAUGGAAGGAGAAGUAG